UAAUCUGGGAGCAGUUUGCACAGGAGCACGAGCCUGUGUGCUGCAUUAGAGCACAGUGACAGCCAUGAGCUUCUUUGGUUUCGGGCAAAGUGCGGACAUCGAUAUAGUUCUGAAUGACGCCGAAACGAGAAAGAAAGCUGAGCACAAAACCGAAGACGGCAGGAAGGACAAAUAUUUUCUCUUCUACGAUGGGGAAACGGUGUCGGGGAAAGUCAACGUGACGCUGAAGUACCCGGGGAAGAGGCUCGAGCACAACGGCAUCAAGAUUGAGUUUGUCGGCCAGAUAGAGCUGUACUACGACAGAGGGAACCACCAUGAGUUUGUGUCUCUGGUGAAGGACUUGGCGCGGCCCGGGGAGCUCACUCAGUCACAGACGUUUGACUUUGAGUUCACACAUGUGGAGAAACCCUACGAGUCUUACACCGGUCAGAACGUCAAAUUACGUUACUUCCUGAGGGCCACAGGGAGCCGGAGGCUGAAUGACAUCAGCAAAGAGCUGGAAAUCGUGGUGCACACACUCAGCUCAUACCCCGAGCUCAACUCCUCCAUCAAGAUGGAAGUGGGGAUCGAGGACUGUCUACACAUAGAGUUUGAGUACAAUAAAUCCAAGUAUCACCUUAAAGAUGUGAUUGUAGGGAAGAUUUACUUUCUGCUGGUGAGGAUUAAAAUCAAACAUAUGGAGAUUGACAUCAUCAAGCGGGAGACAACCGGCACAGGUCCUAACGUGUACCACGAGAACGACACCAUAGCAAAGUAUGAGAUCAUGGACGGGGCACCAGUCAGAGGAGAGUCCAUCCCCAUCAGGCUGUUCCUCGCAGGCUAUGAGAUGACGCCGAGCAUGAGGGACAUCAACAAGAAGUACUCGGUGCGGUACUACCUCAACCUGGUCCUCAUCGAUGAGGAGGAGAGACGCUACUUCAAACAGCAGGUACAGAUACUGCACUCUGGCUUCAUGAUUGGUUGGCUGUUCACUUAA